AUGGCGAAACUCCGCCGACGAGCCCGGCAAGCCUGCCAGGCUUGCAAUGCGCGGCGUGUAAAGUGCAAUGUAACCGAGCAGCAGCCAUGCCGCAACUGCGCGAUAGCCGACACGCCCUGCGAGCUGCGCGAGUCUCGACGCGGGAAGCAUCCCCGCCCACCACGUAGACACGACUCGACGACCAGCCCCGCGCUUCGGGACCACGCCUCUUCGCCUGCCUUCGUCGAUGCCAGCGUGCUCGAAGGGUCAACAAACGAUCACACUGAUGAUCGUUUUGCGGCUUCUCAGGUGCUGGUCGGCUUGGCGAGAAACCGGGAUCACGAGGCCUCGUACGAAGCCGAGACCAUCGUUGCAAGACCUCCGUCACUGUCCCUGGCAGCGGAUUGUCGACAGGAGGACGAGAGCUCGGUAUUCUUGGGCGAGUCCUCGUCUAUUCGAUAUGUCACGAAUAGCUACCCCCCCGCGCCGGAAGCCGGUAUUUCGCCCCCGGAAAACCUGAGGUUCCUCCAUUCUGUUCCUCAUGCUGUGAGGGCCAAGAACCUCAUACCCGAGUGGGAGAUCGAGCGACGACGGACGAGGAUCGGCCUGCUCAAAGCCGAAGGCGUCUUCUCCUUUCCGCCCAGGCCGGCUGUUGAGACUCUGCUCAGGGCCUACUUCCAGUGGUUCCACCCAUGUUUCCCUGUGGUGGAUGAGCCUGAUACCUGGCAAAAGCACAGGGAAGGGAGGCUCUCACCUCUGCUGCUGCAGGCAAUCCUCUUCAUAGCCGUCAUACACUGUGACGAGGACGCCUUGCCGGCGCUGGGCUUCGGCGGUCGCCACAUGGCCAAAUGGGUCUUUUACAACCGGGCAAAGGAUAUAUACGACGUCGAGUUCGAGCCCAAGAAGCUCACGGUCAUCCAGUCCCUGUUUCUCAUGAGCUUCUGGCGGGCGGGUCUGCUGCUGGAAAAGGAUGCUCGGCACUGGCUGGGCGCCGCCAUCAGCCUGGCCCAGACGAAAGCUCUACACCGCUCGUCCCGUGCGGCGGCCCCGGACCAAAACACGGAGAGGGUCCAGAGACGACUUUGGUGGUCGAUCUACACGCGGGAAAGGCAGUGCGCGGCGGCUCUGGGCUUGCCCAACAGGAUCCGGGACGAAGAUUGCGAUGUCGAACCGAUGGAUAGACGCGAUUUCGAACACGCUUUCAACCCAGCUCUGCCGACCAGCAAGACUCAGGGGUACAUCUCGUACUUCAUCGGAAUAGCACAACUCUCCAGAGCACUAGGUCGGAUCGUCCACGGCGGCUAUCUACCGAGCAAAUCGCUCUCCGCAAGUGAUCGCUCACACAUCAAGGAUGACCUGGCCCGGUGGCGCCAGAGCCUGCCGCCAGCAAUGCAAGUUGGUGGCGACGACUUGGGCGGCAGCACCCCCAGCUUUCACGCCAACAUGCUACACCUGGCCUACAACAAUCUGCUCAUCCUUCUGUACAGGUCCGGUUGCAUAGGUACCGCCGAGGAGAGCAGGGAGAUAGACGGACAGAUGGCGCUGCGGGCGGCGGCUAGGAACUCGAGGAUCAUCGAAGACAUGCUCUUGGAAGGGAACCUGCGCCAUGGACAGAUCCACGUCAUCACGAACCUUUUCAACACGCUGUGCAUCCACACGGUCAACCUCCGUGCAUCAAAGGGGGCCGAGCGGGCCAUAAUCGAACACCGGGCCAAGCUGUGUCUGCUAGGCCUGCAAGAGCUUCAGAAGACCUGGGAAGUCAGGAUGUGGGUUCUCCAACUCUUCUUCCAAUAUCUCGAUCGAUCCACGGCGGCGCGGCUGCGGAUGCAGGACGACAACGGCCUCAUGCCAGGGACGGAAAACGACAAUGGAUCGUGCCAUGCGCCAGCGAGGGCAGAAACAAACGGUCAAGGUCCACUGGCGAGAUCUAGCGAGACAUACGACGAGUCGGGCGGACUUGACACACUUCUGGCAUCGGAGACGCCGUGGUCGUGGUCUACCGAAGAGGCGAACCAGUUCCUGUUCACGCAGAUUGAGAACGACUUUGCCUUUGGCGAAGGUGGCAUCCUUGACUGGAACCCGGACACAUCGAACAGCGUUUUCCCAGUGGCGGGUGACGACACCCCCGCUACUCCGGACUUUUGA